AUGUCAACUUCUGCAGUUCAUUUGGAAGCAGUUAGUGACUAUUCAACUGAAGCAUUCAUUGCUGCCUACAGGAGAUUCACCUCUAGACGAGGAUUAUGCCAGACAAUCUAUUCUGACUGUGGCAGAAAUUUCAUUGGAGCUGAUAUAGAACUCAAGAAAUUAUUCACACAAUUCACCAGAGAACAUGAGGUCAUCUCGAGAUUCAUCGUCACCAACGGCACUCAAUGGUCAUUUAACCCACCUGCAGCACCACACAUGGGUGGCAAGUGGGAGUCAGUAGUGAAAUCACUUAAAUUUCAUUUGACGAGAACAGUAAAAGAAUCACUCUUCACGUUUGAAGAGAUCACCACACUACUGACACAAAUAGAAGCCAUUCUCAACUCAAGACCUCUAGAGCCAAUCAGUGAUGACCCAGAAGACAUUCAAGCACUCACUCCUGGACACUUUCUUAUUGGGUCAGCACUCAACACUGUUCCUGAACCAUCAACCUCAGAACCUGCACAUUCAAUUCAAAAUCGAUGGCGGAUGAUUCAACGACAAUCACAGCAGUUCUGGUACAGGUGGUUACAAUCUUACUUACAAAAAUUACAAGCUAUUUCUAAGUGGUUUUUCAGGAACAGAACAAUUCAAGUUGGUGCAUUAGCCUUGCUAACUGAUGAAAGAUUUCCCCCCACGAAAUGGCCACUCGUGAGGAUAAUUCAACUACACCCAGGGCAAGAUGGGCUUCCACGAGUAGCAACGGUGAAGACACCAACAACGACGUUGGUCAGACCAAUCGUCAAGCUAGCCAUUCUACCAAUCAACCCAACUCCUGAAGCCCAGCAGCAGAAUCAACCAGAAGACAAUCAUCAACCAGUUGCUGAUGGCGGGCGGCAUGUUGAGAAUUAA